AUGGCUGAAGAAGAUCCAAAGGGCCACGGAGGCCCAAUCUCUCUUUCUUUUUCAGGUAGUGGGUUUCUUAUAAACUACCAAGUAGGAGUGGUGCAGGCUUUAUGGGAUUUGGCACCUGAAAUAAUGAGAUCAACAUCCAAGGUCUACGGAGCAUCGGGUGGGUCAGUUGUAGCUGCAGCAGUGGCAUGUGAUGUUGACAUAGGUCUGAUAGAAGAAUUUUUUCAUGAAGCUAUGGAAGAAGCCAGGAAAGCGAGUAGUCUCACCCUUUGUCCAGGUUACCGUAUGCUUCGGAUCAUAGAGAAGCGGCUCAGUCAAAUACUGUCGGAGAACUCACACCAGCUGGCUUCGGGGAAGCUUUGUAUUUCCCUCACGCGCUUGUUGGACUUACAGAACGUCAUCAUUUCAGAGUACAGAUCGAAGGAGGAGAUCAUACAGGCAGUGAUCUGUAGCUGCUUCAUUCCUGUCUAUUGUGGAUUCAACCCUCCCUCCUUCCAAGGCGUGCGCUACAUUGAUGGAGGUAUGACUAACAUGCAGCCUGGCUCGGACUCGGAAACCAUGAUCACGGUAUCCCCUUACACAGGAGAGGUUGACAUCUGCCCGAGGGACUGCCCUGCCUAUUUCAACUGCAUUAGCUUCUUCCGAAGCACCUUCCAGCUCUCAGUUGAGAACUUGUGCAGGUUUAGUUAUAGUAUUUUCCCACCCAGUCUUUCGGUGCUACAUGAGUUUUAUUUACAAGGAUAUCAUGAUGCCAUUUUCUUCUUACAGAGGCACAGGGAGAACUGCACAGUAAAUGGAACGGACAAGAAAAUACCGCAGCAGACGCCUGUGCACUGUGACAAAGUAGCUCUGCCUGCCCCGAAGAGCCAGGAGACGCCUGGAUCCUUGGACUCAGCUGCUGAGAUCACAUCACAGCAUUUUGUGCCAUGCAAACUUCACAUGGACCCAUCACUUCCUCUCAGUGACAGGUAACUGCUGACGAGGGCUGUUCUGGAAAAUCUAAACCAGGGCGACUUCUUAUUGAAAGCCUUCAAAAGGGAUGGACCAAGUGAAGACGCCGUUUCCUUGCGCAGAACCCACAGCUGCCAUUGACUUCAGAUGAGAUCAUGGGUACUCUGGAAAUCAGGCUUUACAUGUAUAAAUAAUAUAUAUGUAAAGAAAUGGGAUUAAUACAGCAUGAAUUGUGAUACCAGGUACUUUCAGCCAGGAAGAGCUUUUAUUGAUUUGAGGGCACAACUAAGCAAGAAAGAACAAAAGUAAAGUCUCCAAGAGCGAGCACAGUGUGUGUCUUCUGAAACAAUCUGCACUGAACUGCAUGCUCUGCAGCUGCUGAUCUCUGCACACCAGGGAGCCAUUAUA